AAAAAAUUAACAAUUAAAAAAAAAAAAGGGAAUACCCUUCAAUUCAAUGCUACCCUUUCCAACUUUUCUGCUAUAAAAUAAUAUUUGCUAUUAUCUGUAUAUUUUCAUCAACUAGGUAUCAGGCAAAGCAUAGCAUGUUCAUAUAUAUAUGCUUUCUCUGAAGAGACCACAACAUCAUCUUUAUUAUUCUUCUGUCGUUAACUUCUCUCUUGCUUGUUGCUGGUGAUCAUCAAAAUGGCAGAAGCAGCAGCAAAUCAAAUUUUUUGGAUAUGACUCUGCAGAAGAUAAACCCUAAUAAAGAAGAGCAAGAUCCCUUCUGGGAAGCCAUGGAAGGUGGUGAUGGUGCUUCUCAGUAUGAAUCAACAUCAGCUGAAUCCUCCAUGGAAGAUUCAACAAACUCAGCUGAUUCUUCCUCUUCAAUAGAUUUAGUUGAAGAUGCAUCUUCUUCAACAUCAUCUUCAUCAUCAUCAUCAACAUUGAUAUCACAUACAAAUGGACCUCUAUAUGAAUUAUCAGAGCUCAUGGCCCAACUUCCCAUCAGUAGAGGUCUUUCAAAGUUUUAUCAAGGGAAGUCUCAGUCUUACACAUCUCUAGCAAGUGUGAAGAGCUUAGAAGAUCUUGCAAAGAAAGUGACUACUGUGACUCCAUACAGAUCUAAAAUAAAGUCAUGCAAGAGCUAUGCUGGGGCUUUAGAUGUUCAAAAGUGUUACAGUCCAAAGGCUACCAUAUCAAAAAGGGGUUCAAGUUCAAGAGGAUCUCUUUUAUCUUCUUUAGGUAAGAGAGGUUCUUUAGCGGGCGAUUGCUAGGGCCUUUCCUCCAUUGCAAUGCUACUGAUGACGAUGAACAAAAACCGUAAGUAUAUGACAACUUGCAGAAUUUAUAUUGCAAGAGCUAGUCUUUUUGAAUUGUACAUGUGAUCAAUGAAAUCAAGACUUUACUUAAUUACAAUACAGAAAUUAAGCAUAAUUAUUUUCAAGUA